AUGUCUGUCUUUUUCGACUCGCCUCUAAGUGAGGAUCUUGUACGGGUUGGGGACGCAGAAUCAGUACUACAAAGCAUUGGCAUCAGUAAUGGCAUUCCAUCACACGAGUCUCGGGACUACCACCAAUUGCUAGCGGCGGUCCACGAUGUGGCAGAGCAUGUACUCCAACUUCCCGACUAUACAGCACCUACCGAUACCGAAAGAUAUCCGCGAGGACGAAUUCACCGACCAUCAGCAGAAGAGCAAGAUUUCGGCAAUGCUUGGGCCCAUAAGUUCCAAAUACGUGGCAACUCACAAGGACACCUCCUCCAAGGAAAGACUGUAUGUCUCAAAGACAACAUUGCAGUGGCCGGAGUACCGCAGUUCUUCGGAACAGACGCCAUCCCUGCAUGGACACCCGAUUCCGACGCCACAGUAGUUACCCGCACAUUAGAUGCUGGUGCUGACAUCGUGGGAACGACCAUAUGCGAAAACUUCUGCAACUCCACAUCGUCAUUCACUUCAGCGCAAGGUACCGUUCACAACCCGUAUGCGAGAGGGUACUCCGCUGGUGGCAGUACGUCUGGUGGCUGUGCAGUAGUCGGUGGCGGUUUGGUAGAUAUCGCAAUCGGUGCCGAUCAAGGCGGCAGUAUUCGUGUCCCAUCGUCAUUCUGUGGUUGUGUUGGACUAAAACCAACGCAUGGCCUUGUUCCCUACACUGGUAUAUCCAGUGGCGACGCUGUUAGUGAUCAUGCUGGGCCCAUAGCAAGAUCAGUACGCGACGUAGCUUUAUGUCUCGAUGCCAUCGGCGGAAGGGAUGACUAUGAUGAUCGUACACUUGGUGCACCAAUUCAUGGGUCAAAGCAUUACGCAGGACGUCUUCAGAGCUCGGUCGCAGGAAUGAAUAUUGGCGUUCUUAAAGAAGGCUUUGAGCACCGUCUCGUGAACCAAGACGUCAAAUCAACCGUGAGAAAAGCCGUUCAGUCCUUUGAAGAACUAGGUGCUACCGUCGAAGAGGUCUCAUUACCCCUUCACCUAGAAGGGCCAGCUAUUUGGACCAUCCAACAGCGAAUCGCAGGUACCUUCAGCAUGUUGGGGUACGCGCAUGGUCGGAGAGGACUAUUCUCAACAGCCUACGAAGCGGCGCGACAACCAUGGACGAACGAAACAUUCCAAAAGCUCUUUCCAUCUACGAAGAACACUAUGAUCAACGGCCUCUCGCUGAUGCAGAAUUACCCGGGCCUCUACGCGAAAACCAUGAAUGUGGCCCAACAGCUCCGCGACGCGUAUGAGAAGCUGUUCGAGGAGUACGAUCUUAUCGUCAUGCCGACAACGCCAUUUGUAGCACCGCCUAACAUAGACUGGAAGCGCGGGGAGGAUGCGCCGAUAGACGCGCUGAAGCCAAGCAUGGGCAUCACCAUCAACACCGCCAUUUUCGAUGUAACGGGGCAUCCGGCCAUGUCACUUCCCGUAGGCUUUGCUCCUUCGGGUGUUGAUUCUGAGGUCAGCUUGCCGGUUGGUAUGCAGUUGGUCAGUGGCCUUUGGCAGGAACAAAAAAUACUAGAUGCGGCUUUUGCCUGGGAGUCGUCAAACGACUGGAAACAAAUAGGUGUGCGCCAAGACCAAGAGUCGAAGCAUGCCACGAAGCUGUAG